AUGCUCCAAGGUGAUGACCUUGCUAUGACCUUGGAUUAUGCUGUCCCCAAUUUUCACGACGAGAAGGUCACCUUCCCGAUCUUUGAUGUGUCUAAGCCUGAGACUCGAAGAUACGGUGCCCUCUGUGAAGAGUACAGCAGCUUCUUUGUCAAUAAGCCUGGUCAUUGUGGUCUUGUAGAGCAUGGUAUCCCCAUUACCGACGAUGUUCCUGUUGCUGAGAGAACCCGCCCUUUGCCACAUAAAUGGCGUGCGGAAAUAUCAGCGCAACUUGAAGAGCUGGAGCGUGAUGGUCAUAUCAUUCAUUCGACCUCCCCGUACAAAUUCCCCUGUGUCUUUGUACCGGAGAAAAACGGUAAAGUUCGCAUGUUUGUGGAUUACCGGUCCUUGAAUAAGGUUGCCAAGGUGGAUUCUUACCCGUUACCCCAACCCGAUGACGUACAAGAACACUUAUCUGGGGCCAGUGUCUUUUUGAUCCUAGAUUUGAGAAGUGGAUACUGGCAAUUGCAGGUCCGACCUUCGGAUUGUCAUCGUACUGCAUUCUGUUCUGGACCCGGAUUCCCUCUUCAUGAGUGGGUCCGGAUGCCUCUCGGACUAUCUAAUGCACCAGCUAGCUUUUAA